GAACGCUUGUUGUCAGCGCGGUGCAUUGUGGGAUACAAAAACAAAGCGCUGAAUUGGCAGCGUACGGGCUUCCCCCUGUAGUGAUGCAAAAGCUGUGAGAUAAAGGAAACUAAGAUAUCAAUUUUACUUUUCUAUAGUGAUUUUCAUAGGGCGAGGUCUCUAGCACUCUUACGGUGGAUGUGGGAUAUGCUCAGUUGAUUGAAACAGAAUGUUAUUAGAAGCACACGAUGAGCUUUCCGCCGUGUUAGCUGUUGUUAGCUACCCAGCUAUCUAAUAGUUUUUCAUCGGAGGAGUUGGCACACAUGCUUGCAACGAACUGGAUUGUCAUUCGUCUCAACUCCCGAUAUCCUCUCCUGCAGUCCAAUUUCUUUGGAUCCCUACCAGCUGUCACUGACCUGAAAACAUGGGCAUCAAGACCUUUACCCACAAUUCCCCCAGUCACAGUCAGGAGCUGCUGGACAAGUUGAACAUCUUGCGGAGCGAGGGCCACUUCUGUGAUGUCACCAUCCGGGUCCAAGGCCAGCUCUUCUUGGCCCACAAGGUGGUCCUGGCCUGCUGUAGUGACUUCCUCCGGGCCAAGCUGACAGGGAAGGGUGGGGGAGGGGGUGGCCAGGAGGAGGAGGAUGACCGUCGUCUGGUGGAGGAGGAUCGGCCGGUGCUGGACCUGCACCACGUGACGGUGGCAGGCUUCGCGCCGCUCCUGGACUACGCCUACACCUCCACGCUCUCCAUCAGCACCGAGAACAUCAUCGACGUGCUGGCCGCCGCCAGCUACAUGCAGAUGUUCGCCGUGGCCAACACCUGCUCCGAGUUCAUGAAGUCCAGCAUCCUCUGGAACCCCUCGGGGAGCCACGGCGCCGGCACUGGCGGCGGCGGGUCGAUCGGCGCUUUGGGUUCAGCCCAGGACCGGUCUGGGCACCACCACCACCACCACCACCAGGACGGCUCCGACGGAGGAGGCCCCGUGGGCUGCGGCUUGGCCCCUCUGGACGCCCUCUCCCCCUCGCCCGUCUCCUCCGACUGCAGCAUGGUGGAGCAGCGCAGCCUGAUCCCGGUGUGCCGUGAGUCGCGCCGCAAGCAGCGCAAGGGCUUUGCCAGCCCGCUGCAGCAGGCCUCCUCGUCCUCGCCCCAGGUGCCCAACCCCUCGCCCUCCUCCUCCUCCUUCCCGGAGAGCUCGGCCCAGGCCGUGGUGGACCCCACGCUGGCCUUCGCCUGGACCUACCCCUUCGGCAUCGACCGGCGCUUCGUCACCACCACGGCAGAGAAGGCCAAGCUGUCCGAGGGGCUCCUGGAGCAGGCGGGCGGCGUGGCUGGCGUGGUGGGAGACGCCAGCAGCAGGGCACUGGCCGAGUACCUGGCCAUCGAGGGGGCGCGCGCCAUGGGCAUCGCUGGCGUCGGCGUCGGGGUGGGUACAGGCGGGGGAGGAGGCGUGGAGGAGGAGGAGGAAGAGGAGGAGGGCGUGCGGGUGAAGGUGGAGAGGCUGAGUGAUGAGGAGGCGCACGAGGAGGCCGGUCAGCACCCGGUCAGCGCCUCCCACAGCAGCUCACUCAGCGACCAGCAGACUGUACCAGGCAGCGAGCACACGCAGGAGGACCUGCUCAUCAGCCCACAGUCAUCUUCCAUAGGGUCCAUAGACGAGGGAGUCACAGAGGGCCUGCAGUCCAUCCAGGGGACGCCUAACACCACUGGCCCCAUGGAGGAAGACGAGAGGUUGGAGAACGUCCAGUACCCGUACCACCUCUACAUCAGCCCGUCUACGCGGCCCGGCAUCAAGGGCCCAGCGCGGCCCUUCCAGUGCCCCACGUGCGGCGUCCGAUUCACUCGCAUCCAGAACCUCAAGCAGCACAUGCUCAUCCACUCUGGCAUUAAGCCCUUCCAGUGCGACCGCUGCGGGAAAAAGUUCACGCGGGCCUACUCCCUAAAGAUGCACCGGCUGAAGCACGAAGGUAAACGCUGUUUCCGGUGCCAGAUCUGUAGCGCCACAUUCACUUCCUUCGGGGAAUAUAAGCACCACAUGAGGGUGUCCCGCCACAUCAUCCGCAAGCCUCGGAUAUACGAGUGCAAAACAUGCGGCGCCAUGUUUACCAACUCCGGCAAUUUAAUCGUACACCUGAGGAGUCUGAACCAUGAGGCGUCAGAACUAGCAAACUACUUCCAGACCAGUGAGUUCCUCCUCCCCGAGUACCUGAGCCAAAUGCAGGAGGAGUCGCUGGGACACUUUGAGAUGGCGGACCAGGCUUUCGAUGGCGGCGGCGGUGGCGGCACAGGUGGCAAUGGCGGCUCCUCCUCUUCCUCCGUCCAGACGCCCGUCAUAUCUCAGGUGUCCUCCACCCAGAACUGCGAGCCCCACCCGUCGUCCAUGGCUCCGCCCGAGGCCCCGGCGCCCCCCCGCGGGGCACAGGGCCAGGGACGGGGCAUGGCGGCUGGAGCUGCAGCGACGGCAGCAGGGGUGGCAUCUUUGGUGGCGGGCGGGAUGGCCGGGGAGGUGGUGGUGGUGUCGGACGAGCCAAAGAGCAGCGCCGUGGGCAUCAUCGGCAACUCUCCCGACGCCCUGGAGGAGGAAGAUGAGGAAGACGAGGAGGAUGGGGAGAGGGAGGAACGCACAAAGAAAAAAGCACUUGUGUCCAUUACUAUAGAAUAAUAACGAUUAAAGAUGUGAAAUCCCCCCCAAGCCCCUGCACACAGUUCUGUUGACACAAAAGAACCCCCCUCUCCCCUCCUCCCACCCCAGUACGUGACCGUACAAAAGUGCACACUGGAUAGUGAUUGUGUAGCCAACAGUCAUGUGACUUCUCUUUUAGAUUUUCUUUCCCCACUUUUUUUGUUUUUGGCUCAGUGUUUAAACGUCAUUCGUAUUGUGAACCCACAGUUAAUGACUGAAAAUAAGAAGAGGAAAAAAACAAUGAACUUUUACAUAGGAGCCCUUCUGAAUAAUAAUAAUAAUAAUACUUGUUAUUCCACGCGAGCACUGGAUUGUCAUUGUGAUGGGAGAUGGCAACCUUAGGCAUAAUCCCGUGCACCAAAAAAAGCUCUUGUCUUUGUGUCGCUUUUGUGAGCGGAUGGACUGUGAAUGACGUACCCUCACAUAUACGUAUAGCCCCCUUUUGCAGUUCUUGUCAACAUUUGACAGUAUGCGGAUUGUGUUGUGAUUUUUUUUUUUUCAUUUGAGUUUGGGACUUUAAACACAAAUGAUUAUUGUGUGAAAAUUGUAUGGUCUUGUUUGUUUGUCAGAUGUUUUUAUCUUGCAUUUGGAUGUGUUAAGCGCCUUACCCAGUUCCGUACAGGUAAACGAUACUGAAUUCCCGUGUUAUAAACACAUACUGUACAAUGUUGGGCAACCUGUAUUCAUCACAAUCCAGUGCCACAGUUUCCAAAUGACCUGGUUUUACCUGUCCGAUUCAAUCAGGUCAUUGCCCGGUUGAUUGAUCACCUGGUUGAGUAAAACCAGGUCAUUUGUAAUAUGUGGCACUGGAUUGUAACUAAUGGGUCCAGGUUGCCCGUCCCUGUAUGCACACCCACAGCACGCAGGCAUGUUUUCCUGGUUUCCCAGAAGCCAUUGCCUGUGUAAAUCAUGUGACAUGGCCAGCAUAUUAAACUGUAGAGAACCACUGACCAAAGGCCAUGCCAAACCCCCCUGACCCCUACCCCCAACACCCCUUAAGUCACCUUUCACUUUAUGUGGUCUACAUAAGGGUGCCGUGUAAUUGUCAUAAGAAUGACUUGACGCAUGUCAGCAACAUUAAUGACACGUUCAUGUGUAUGCCUGUCGGUAUAAUGUGUCAUUAGUUUUUUGGAAUGCCAUGACACCCAAACGAUGGCUGCUUGACAUUCCAAAAACCAUCAAUAUUGUGUCAUUAAUGUUCCUGAUGUGUCAUGUCAUCCUUAGGACGGUUACAUGACACUCUUGCGUAGAGCAUGUCAAAUAAAGUGCUACCCACCUUCCUUUAUUAGCCAGGGCUAUUUUACUCCCUGGUGUGCGAGGGCUUAUCUAGAGACAAUCUCCGGUGACACUUUAUUUUACUGUCCCAAUGUUACAUUAAUUAACAAACUACCUUAUGUAAUUGCACUGUAUCUUAGGGGUAGGGUAAGGUAUGUACAGUGUAAGACCACAAUAUUACGUGUUCAUACACGUCGAUACACUUAAAAAGAUGCCAUAAAAUAGUGUUAUCCAAUCUCCAUUUUGCUGAUUUGAAACAAUCGUUGCCAAACAACUGCGUCAGUUCAAAGAUGAAAAUUGUUAUGCUUAGAGAACCAUCUUGGUUUUUUGCGUGUGUUUGUAAUACACAGAACUGUGACGCACUACUCUUGCGGUUUUAGGUCUUUUGAGAUAACUAUUCGGUACAGUAUAUUCCAUUUACAGUGCAUAAACCAUUUCAUUAUGGUGAUUUGUGGUCUUAAGUUUGUAGUCGGUAGUCGCUGGUGUCUUACUUUUGAAGUGAAGAAAAAAAUGAUACCGCAAUCCAGCUGAGUAGCAUCGCAUGACUGACUUUGUGAUACCUGCUUCUUCUGACGUGCACGCCAAAGCAUUUUAGAGCAGCCGAGUCACUCCCAAGCCCAAUGCUAAUUCAGCAUUGUUUUAAUCCUCCCUCCUCCUGCUUGUCCCUUAGUGGUCUUUUUUUUCUUCCUGUCUCUUUUUUUUGGCUCGAGACAAAAGAGCUGUAUCUUGGCAGUAGUUGCAGCUUUCGUUGACUGAGAUUUUGUGUUUUGUCCUGUGUGGCACUGGCUUCACCAGCACAGAACACUGUGUACCUUCAUCCCUCACAUGGGUCGCUUACUGUGUGUGUGUGUGCGUGUGUGUGCGUGUG